AUGAUGACUUGGGUCACGCUGCUGUCCUUGCUCCUCCUGGGAUCCCAGGCCGUGCAGGGGGCCCAUUGGACCUACUCAGGGGGGACGCUGGAUGAAGCACACUGGUCCAGCGAGUACCCUGACUGCGGGGGGAUGAGACAGUCGCCCAUCGAUGUGCAGAGGAAGAAAGUACGGUACAACCCUUUCCUGAGGCCUCUGAACCUGACAGGCUACGAGGGCCACUCGGGCGAGUUCUCCAUGACCAACAACGGCCACACAGUGCAGAUAAGCCUGCCCUCCACCAUGCGCAUGACGGCCUCUGACGGCACCCAGUACAUAGCCCAGCAGAUGCACUUCCACUGGGGCGGCGCCCUCUUGGAGAUCAGUGGCUCCGAGCACACCAUUGAUGGAAUCAGAUAUGGGACCGAGAUUCACGUUGUUCACUACAAUUCUAAAUACACGAGCUACGAUGAAGCCCAGGAGGCCCCGGAUGGUUUGGCUGUGCUGGCAGCCCUCACUGAGGUCAAGGAUUACGAUGAAAACACUUACUUCAGCAACUUUCUUUCUCACUUGAACAACGUCAAGUAUACAGGACAAAAAACAGUUCUGAAUGGCCUUGACAUCCAGGAUAUGCUACCUAAGGACCUCCACUCCUACUACAGCUACUGGGGCUCGCUCACCACUCCUCCCUGCACUGAGAACGUCCACUGGUUUGUGCUGGCAGAUACCGUUAAGCUCUCCAGGGCACAGAUUCUGAAGCUAGAGAAUUCCUUGUUGGAUUCCGAGAACAAGACCCUCCAGAACGAUUACCGCAGGACCCAGCCCCUGAACCACAGAGUGGUAGAAGCCAGCUUCAUGUCUCUCCCUCAUCAGCGCUCUGACUUCCAGCUUUAUCUAAGCAAUAUCAACAAUAACCUUGAGUACUUGAGAAGAUUUAUUGAACAGAAGAAAGUAAAUAGAAGAAGACGCGAGUAAUGACCUUGAAGAGUGAGCCCUGUCUUGCCUCCAAGAAGUCCGUCCAACCGCACCAUUCCCUCUGAGGGACCUAUUUAAUUUCUGAUUAAAACGGGAAAGCCAUCGUCCGUGAAAGGAACUGAGGUCGUUUAAGUGCAUGAGAAGAGAUCUGAGUCAGACGACACCAAGGGAAAUUGACUGGAAUAGGAAUUCAAGGAAGAUGGAGCCCUAACU